CGUCAAUGUCAAACCGCAACGCAAGUUUUGUUUACGUUUCAGUUUCCAAUUAAUUCCUAAUAAAGGCGACUAUUUCCUAAAUACCUUGACAUACUGACGAAUAAUAAAAUUGUGGCAUCGAUACCUGAAUCCAACGUAAACAAACUAAUAAAAAUGGAGAACCUGAAAAACAUUUGGAAACCGGAACUAUAUCGAAUACAGAUGGAGGCUCCGAAGCCUAAGCGUGUGGUUUGCGAUAAUUUAGAGGACAGACCAGAGUUUUAUGGCCGUGAAUACCACGGUGUAAUGAGUCAUAAGGAAGCGACGGCAAUCCUUGAAAAUGAGCCGAAUGGCGCCUUUCUUAUUAGAAAAGGAAGUCAGAAUAACGAUUUCUAUACGUUAACUUUAAAGUUCGAUGACAAAAUCCAUCACUACAAACUAUAUUACGAUGGCUCACACUACAUUGGCACGAAACGGUAUGAAACUAUUUACGAGCUGGUUGCGGACGGGCUUGUCACAUGUCACAUGGAAUUGAAGGCUCACCAUAUCGUUGAAAUGAUCAACUCACGAGCGAGCUACCCGGAGAGUCCGUAUGUUACACUAAACAGACGGAAACUUAAUACAUUGUCAAGAAUGCAGCAAGCGUCAAACAACUCGAGCCCAAUUAUAAUGAAGACUGAAAACAAAGCUAUAACCGACACGGAUGGACUGAAGAAACCUCCGUUUGAUCUCACACCCUCCAUAGAAGACAAUCCUUUAGUCAUGAAGUACUCAAAGUCACAUACGUUCAAAGUACAUACGUUUAAAGGACUGAAUUGGUGCGAAUUGUGCGCUAACUUCCUAUGGGGCUUUACGGCACAAGGUGUUAAAUGUGAAGACUGCGGCUUCAUAGCACACUCGAAAUGUUCAGAGCGGGUCCCAAAUCACUGUGUUCCGGAUCUAAAGAAAUUACGAGGCGUCUUUGGUAUAGAUCUGACUACGUUACUCAACGCCCACUCUAGUACGUUGCCAUUCGUCGUUAAGAAGUGUGUGAAUGAGAUAGAAGAUCGGGGGAUGGACUCAGAGGGGAUAUAUAGGGUGUCGGGAUUCGCUGAUGAAAUUGAAGCUUUGAAACUGGCUUUUGAUCGAGACGGCGAGGCAGCAGAUUUGAGCGUGUACAGCAACAUCAACGUGGUGGCCGGUACACUGAAGCUGUACCUGCGACUGCUGCCGGUACCGCUGAUCACGUACGAGGUGCAUCCCAAACUAGUGCAGGCUAUACAGAUGAAAACGCAAGCGCAGCAGAUUACCUCGCUGAGGGAAUGCCUGGACUCCCUCCCGCCCGCACACUUCAACUGUCUGCAGUACAUGGUGCAACACUUACACAGAGUAUCCCAACUAGCAGACGUGAACAAAAUGAGCGCUCACAACUUGAGUACAGUGUUCGCCCCGACGUUGGUCGCCACGCCGCCCGCCAUCACAGACCUAGCGUUCGAGAUCCGCGCCCUACAAGUAUUGAUCGAACACUGCCCGCAAAUAUACUACGGUAACAAGUGAAUUUUGAAUUCAAACUUUGAUUUAAUUAUGUUAACGAGGUACCCCGAUCAGUUUCAAGCCACUACAGGGCCCAUAUUUAAGUGAAAAUGUCUCAUGCCCGAAUACUCAAACGCUACUCAAUUUUAAGACGCUCUCAAAUGUAGUUCUGUCACUAUCAAUUCUUUAUAAAAUGACAGAGAUAGCACGAUAUUUAAGUACAACUUAAAAUUGAGUAGCGUUCGAGUAUUCGGGCGUCAGUUGGCAACGUGAUGCUUACCACGUCAGUUCUGUGUAGGCCCCUGCUGUAGUUUGAAAGUAGACGGAGGUACCUCAUCGUAGUAAAGUCGAACAACACAAUGAAUGUGUGUCUCAAGAGAGUUACAACUCUGCUUUUGGUGAAAUAUGUGAAGAAAUGUUGGUACAUACAACUUUAAAACGUUGUUACAUAUCUAUACGGUUCAAUAUCAAACACUAUCAUCCUAAUACAUAUUAUAACCCUGUAACAUAAGAAUUAUAAGUUAAAGUAAGACGUGAUGGAAGCUACACUUUGCUACGCACGUUCCAUUCGAACCUAUCCGACUACUAAGUCUCUUUGCCCUAUCUUCAGUUUCAACUAGUUUAGCCUAGGGGGUAUUCAUAUUUUUGACCCCCCCUCCCGUCCUUGUCACAAUUGGUCACAUUUGUGAAACCUCCCCCUUCCUAGUGUGAAUGGAAGGGGCCUAGUGUGACGUCACAUCUAGAUUUUUUUGAGUUUUUCGAUAAUAGUUCCAAGUUCGUGUUUUAACAGUUAAAUUAUGAUAAUUGAAAUGUGACGUCACGAAAUUUAAGACGCCUCCUGCCCCCUUGUCACAUAAAGUCACACUUCGCCGACCCCCUCCCCCCCUUAACGUGUGACGUAAUUAUUGGAUGGCCCCUAGACCAAACUAGUUAGUCCUAAAAUCAGGUUUUGCUGGUAACAGUUAUUUAUUUAGGCAUGGUCGUCCCACUGCAGGGCAAAGGCCUCCCUACCCUCCUUUCACUCCUCUCUGUGCAAAGCUUUCUGCGGCCAAUCCUUGUCGUAGGUGUAAAGUUCGUCCCGCCAUCUCCUAGUAACAGUUACAUUCGAAAAAUAGUUGUAACAGUUUAUGCUACUAAUGUAGACUGAUUUUAUAUAUACAACCCUAUUAUUUGUAGAUGUAGUACAAUAAGAACAAGUUUAUUUACUGAUUUUUUUGUAGCCACACACAUUACCAUGCAUUUGUUCCUAAUUUUUGUAUUUUUUUUUUAUAAUUUUAUAAUUUUCAAUACGGCUCACCUACGGUGCUAGUGAAUGUGAAUCUCUUGUUCUUCAUCCAAUAGGAAAUUGGCUAGUGUUACACCAUUGGACGAUCAAUAUUUGACAGCUUUAAUGAUUGGAUAAAAAGUACUUCUAAGUACAUUUGCGCCAUCUGUACCUCUACCAUGAGUUUGAAGCAAUAGUAUUUGGCGAUAGUCGCUAACGACGAUUUUUUUUUAUGGCAAAUUUUAGUUCCACAUGUUCAAAUUUACGUCGUCGCUAGCGACUAUCGACAAAUACUAUUGCUUCAAACUCAUAGUAAAGGUUCUGAUAUGCAAAAAUACGGUAGCCGUAUUAGAAACAGCAUGUAAUGCCCCAAGUGUUGCAAGCGUUCAUAGGCCACGGUAACCACUUACCAUCAGGGAAGGCCAUGUGCUUUCUUGCCACCGUCGUGGUAUAAAAAAAGCUAAAUCUCGCAAUAGUCCAGUCAUUUGGUAAAUAAAAACUUUCCAGGUAAAACUACCAAAUGACUGGACUACAAGCAUUUACUUAAGAUUAAAGACUCAAAAUGAGGCACAAAACUCAUUAAAAUAAAUCUCACAAAUUAGUAAAUAAGUUAUAUAUAAGUGCAAUAUACAUAUACAUAAUUAUAAUUAUUUAUCUUUUAUAUUUAAAACCAUGUGAUAAUUGGAACUUUGGUCUUUCAAAAAGAAUAUCUUUUUCUACCAUUCCAGGUUGUGUAGUUAAUUAAAUAUAAGUUGUUUGUAACCAAAACGUAUUGUAGGAAUGAGGUCCUUAAUAUUUUUUUUUAGUAGAAAGUGUGUUUGUUACUGCCGUACUUAGAGACAUUUAAUGAUUACUUAAACUAUUCCUUAGUGGAAUGGACCUUAAUGGACUGUUUUUUUUUUUGAGGGGGAAAAUCAUCCAAUGACUUCUCCCGCCUUGAGCGAGGCGAGAGGGAGUGUCAGACUCUUACUGACUAAAAACCACCCCGUUCCUUCUCCUGCUUUUUGAGCCGUAGCCCCGGUAAACCCGCUAGGUAGUCCGCAGCUCCGGAAAUGGACUGGGUUAAGUAACCAUUAAAUGACUCUGAGUACGGCAGUUAGACUUAUACUCAUAAAUUGCUGAACAGUUUUUUAAGAAAUUGAAUGCAAGAGAAAUUAUGAAUUAGUUUAAGUCUUCAAUUAAUUUGGCUUUGUAUACAUGAAUACAUGUUAUAGUUUUAGGACACUUUUUGAGAAAAUGAAACGGGAAUUGAUCAUUUUAACAUUUUUAAUGUCGAGAUUACCAAAAAAAUCUAGGUCUGAUAGGUUAAAAAAAAUAUAGUACCAAAAUGGGGUGAAUAGGGAUCGAGAGGUGAAUAGGUACAGGGAAAUUCUUCAUAGUAUCUAUUCACCCCUCUUCUGUCCCUAUUCACCUCUCGAUCCCUAUUCACCCCAUUUUACUGUACGUGUUUGUUUUACGUUUUACAAGAUUGCGUUCAACGCUCUGAUUGGUUAAUUUAUUCAUCAUCAUCAUCAGCCUGUUCUCGUCCACUGCCGGACAUAGGCCUCUCCAAUGGCACGCCACUGAGCUCGAUCUUCAGCUCUACGCAUCCAACCACUACCAGCCACCUUGCGGAUAUCGUCACUCCACCUAUGGUUGGUUCAUUCAGAGCCGGCCAAUGAGAGCGCAGAACGCGGUCUCGUGUCAUACUAAGCCUUACCAAGCAGAUUUUGCUUGCAUAAAUCUAUCACUUGUAUUAUUGUGAAAUAAUGUCGUAUUAACCAAUUUUGUACAUUUAUUUAUAUCGUAUUUUUAUACAUAUGACAAAUCACAGAUUCAUACGAAAUUAUGACGUAUCUGCUUACUAUAAUAUUAUAAAUACCAAAGUUUGUUUGUGUGUAUGUUUGUUAAUCAAUCACGUCAAAACGGCUGAAGAGAUCGGGAUGAAAUUUGUAACAGGGGUAGAUUAUGGUCUGGAAUAACACAUAGGAUACUUUAUCCCACGGGAAUGCGGACGAAACCGCUAGCAGAAGCUAGUUUUAAAAUAAAUAAUUCGACUAUACUAACUUACCUAUCAAUUUACUUUAAAAACUAUAUGGUGAUAUUUAUUUCAUUACCAAACUAAUGUUGGACCAAAAUUGAAUAAUCUCAUUGUUUGUAGAAAAAGGGCCUCUGAAUAAAAAAAUGUAUUCUUUUUUAUACUUUUGUAUUUAACCAUAAAAUAAUCGCAUUAGUAAAUAAAAGAGAUUAGAUCAAAUUA